UGCGCAUUGCAUGUGGCAUUAUUCCGCAGGGCACAGCUUGUUAUUAAGCUGAUGCUACAGGAAGUACUUACUAACACCCGUCAUUUGCCAGCCGUAAUCAUGAAUAAUCCAUGAUGCUUUCGUCCUCAUCAAGAACUUUCACUUUAUUAUAUAUAGGUAGCAAGGUUGGAAGGCCCCCAACCAUCGUGACUCUAUCCACCACAUCUCUUUCGCAUGUCUCCCCAACAGAAAGCUCUUGUUCUUCCGAAAAAGCAGGGCAACUUUGAGAUUGGCUCACGCAGCAUCCCCAGUCCCGGAGCUGGGCAGCUUCUGGUCAAGAUCCAAUCUGCUGCGCUGAACCCGGUUGACUACAAGAUCAAGGACAUAGGGUUUUUCGUGACUGAUUACCCUGCCGUUCUGGGCACGGAUAUUGCUGGCAUUGUCGAGGAAUUAGGGGAAGGUGUCGACAAUUUUCGUAAAGGCGAUAGAGUGUUAGAUAAUUCUUUUCCUUGGGUUCGCCCUGAAUGCAUAGGCUCAACCUCGGUUUACAGAUUGGCGCAUGGCGAUUUCACUAACGACUUUGCUGCGUUUCAGCAGUAUACCUUGACCGACGCGAGGUGCACAGCAAAGAUUCCUUCAAGUGAAUCUUUCGAUAGCGCAGCUACUGUUCCUCUGGGGUUGGAUACUGCACUGGUGGGAUUGUACGGAAAUCAUUUUGGAGCUGGGUUAACCCCUCCUUGGACGAAAAGCGCCGGCGGUCACGAAUCAAAGAAACCCAUUGUCAUCCUUGGCGGUUCUUCUUCUGUGGGUUCAUACACUAUCCAACUUGCUCGACUGUCAGGAUUUUAUCCUAUCAUUACUACAGCCUCUCCGAGUAAUGAAGAACUUGUCAGGAAGUACGGCGCAACCCACUUUUUUGAUCGCAACCUUUCCGGCGAAGAACUGAAGGCCGCCAUCAGCAAAAUUACUGACAGUCCUAUCGGAAUUGUUUAUGACGCUAUCUCAUUGCCAGAAACACAGUCUAUUGGAUGGGAAUUACUUGCAAACGAUGGUACCCUCGUAUUAACCCUUCCUGCAUCAGUCAAGGAGGAUGAAGGCAAGGGGCGCAAGGUCAUCCAGACCUUCGCGGGUCCACACGCCCCCCAAAAUGAAGAGCUGUGCAGCAGCUCCUGGGCUGUAGUCGAAAAGUGGCUUUCAGAGGGUACUAUACAGCCGAACAAGUAUGAGGUUCUCCCGAACGGGCUUGAAGGUAUCAUUGGAGGACUGGAAAGGAUGAAAUUGGGACAGGUGUCUGGAACGAAGUUGGUUGCUCAUCCUCAGGAAACACAGUAAACACUGGGUUGUUGACUUAUUCCGCGAUGUCCGAGUAUCACGUUGUUUGCAUUGAGCUCAAUGACACGAUAUAAUUGUGCAAUAAAAUAGGCGUCACAAUUUCUAG